UUUUGUCAAAAGCCCAUGAGCUUCUCUGACGCGUCACGCAUCAGCUGCGCGCGGCCAAUGAGCAGCGAGCGCACGCGCUUGAAAAUCGUUUACAUCUGCUUCUCUCCGCAGAAUCAAAACAAAGAUCAGCAGCUCACAGGCACUUCUCAUGUGCGCCAGUCUUCAUUAAGGGUCAUGAGGGGGACGCUGGUCGUCAUAUUUCAGGCUCUGCUGUGGCCUGUCUCAGCAUCAGCCAUGUUUACAGUCAGUUUACAGGAGAGCACCUAUGAAGCAAAGCUACAUGAGGACGUCAAUCUAGAGUGUUUGUUCUCCUCAGUUAAAAGUCCUUCUGACCUCACUGUCAUAUGGAGCCGAGUCGAGCCGAAGCCGUCCGUGGAUGUGUAUCGGCUGGAGAGAGGCAAAGAGAAUCACAUUUACACCAGUGCCAUGUUCAUAAAGCGUGCACAGCUCAUCCACGAACAGCUGAAGGAUAACCGAGCGGUGCUGCACUUGAAAAAGCUCCAGAUAAAAGAUUCAGGCACAUACCGGUGUAUCGUAAAAGAUAUAGAUGAUGGAGACUACAAGCAAGUCAUGCUCCGUGUUACAGCUCCUUAUACUCUCAUUAAGAAGGCCAUCGUGAAGACGGGUCAGGAUGAGGUCGAGCUCUCCUGUGAGUCUCAGGGAUUCCCGUCCGCUCAGGUCAUCUGGAGCGAUGGCCAGAACACAAACCUCACAGAGAUGUCCAACAGCACCACACGGUCUACAGAUGAAGAUCUCGUCCACAUCAUCAGCAAGCUGACGGUCAGACGAGACCUCGUGAACAACUACACCUGCUCGUUCCUCGUGAAGGGUGAAACCCAGCGGACGGCCACCUUCAGCAUCCCAGAUGAAAUCCCUCCUCACUGUUCUACUCCAUACGCGUGGAUUGUCGCUGUUUUCGUCGUGCUUUUAGCCAUUGUCUUCAUCUCCAUCAUUGUCCGUAUGAGAAAAAACGGUCAUAAAAACAGACUAGGUGAAUCAUCUAAUUGCGCUUUCUUCCUCCCACAAGCAUCCUCUGCCACCACUGAUUCUUUAUUGACCGUGAACGAGAACAAGCUGCAAAUAUGUGACAUGAUCUCAGAAGAAGCUACAGAUAAACCUCAAUCCCUGAGGAACAUGCUUAUACGACAGUAUUCACAGCUCUACACAAACGCUGAGAUGAUACACACUCUUGUGUCACAUGCACUUCUCAGCAAAGAAGGCCGAUCUCUAAACAUCAGCUCCAUCCUGCCUGAUAAGAAAGAAACCAUCCUUCUGCUUGGAGAUCCAGGCAGCGGGAAAACCAGCGUGGCCCAAAUGCUGUCGUCCUGCUGGGCUGAAAGUACCACGACAGACCCCUUCAACAUCCGCCAGCUCCAUCUGGUUCUCCACGUGGACUGUAGCCGAGCGAAAGGAGACUUUUUCCAGGUGGUAAAGUCCAGCAUUUAUCAUGAGAAACCAGUAGACGUGUCUGAGCUCAGAGAGAUGCUUCUGGGCCUGACGGACUGUUUGCUCAUCCUGGAUGGAUAUCAAGAGCCAAACAAGGACCUGGAUGAAACACUCGAAUGGUUUCUAAAAGUGCGGCAGACAUGCAGGGUGUUAGUGACAUCACUUCCAGGAAAAUGUCCAGCCUUGGAGAAAAACACCGGGACAGUAUUCCGACUAAUUCAGAAACCGGACGAGUCUGGAUCGUGAAAUCGGAUACAUUUCAUAUUUGCACGGACUACGCUUUUGCAAUCUCAUGUUGCAGCAAUGUGCAAAUUCAGCAGGUUUAGUUGAUGGAUCUGCCUUGUGCUUCUUGGGAAUUUUUAAGUUCUGCCUU